CUUUAUCCUUCGCACCAUGAACUCCCUCUUCCUUCUGUCCGCUCUUGCCCUUCUUCUCCCCCUCUCCCUCGCCCAGCAACCAAAACCCAAUGGUGUCGACAGUCAAGAGCUGAGACCCGUGCAGCCUGAGUCACCCAUCUUCACCGACCGGUUUGAAAGAAACUGCAGUUUGGAUUUUCGCACCUUUGACGGUACAUGCACUAGCAUUGGCCCCCCUCUUCACAGGCUCUGGGGCUCCACAAAUCGCCCGCAAUUUUCCUACUUCACCGGUCGAGACACUCGCAUCCCGAGGGGAGCCGACCUACCGUCUGCGAGACGCAUCUCAAACGCAGUCCAUAGCUCCUCAUCAGAUGUUUUUGAUAAGCGCAACUUGAAUGAGAUAACCACCUUUUUCGGACAAUUCAUCGACCAUUCCAUCGUCGCCACGCCGCUUAACAAGUCAGAACCGCUUCACAUUGAUGUCGACGAAGAUGACCCCAUCUUUGCAAAUGUUACGGCCAACGGAGACAGGGGUAAACUUCUUUUCUUCAGAUCUAGUCGCGUGCGUGUACGAGAGCUCAACAAUGAGCAGCGGCCCCAAAAUUCGCUUCCAUCAGCCCUUGAUCUGGUCUCAGUCUACGGUCCGUCUGAAGAACGUGCGAGAUUUCUUCGCACUAGGAAGGGCGGUCUUAUGAAGACAAGCAGAAAGAACAUGUUGCCACUCAAUACCAACUUCAACAACGCCCCGAGGGUCGGUCCGGAAUUUUUCCUCGCCGGUGAUCAUAGAGCGAAUGAGCAUCCCGCCCUCACAGCGAUUCACACCAUUUUCGUUCGAGAGCACAACAGCAUCGCCCGCGAACUCAAGUCCGCUUUCCCGACGAUGCAAGACGAGGAGCUGUUCCAGAUGGCACGCAAGAUCAACAUCGCCGAAUUUCAAAAGAUCGUCUUCGAGGAAUGGUACCCCUCUAUUACUGGAUCAAAGUUGCCAAGAUACAAGGGAUUCAAAAGGAAUGUUGAUCCCACUGUUUCUCUUAUAUUCUCCACGGCAGCGUUCCGUGUAGGACACACCAUGGUCGGCCUUCGCGUGAACCGUGCUUCGAAAGGAAACAAACGGCUUACACCAUUUGAUCUUAAGUCCAUGUUCUUCAGGGGUGCUAACGUAGUGAGGCGUAAUGGUAUUGAUGUGUUUCUCCGAGGAGCUAUUAUCAAUCGGGCGCAGAGAAUUGAUGUAGAGGUGCGUGAUUCGCUUCGCAACUUUCUGUUCACUCGCAUCGAAGAGGAGGAAGGUAUCGAUCUCAUCGCGUUGAACAUUCAGAGGGGACGAGACCAUGCGUUACCAAGCUUCAACGCCAUUCGUGAGAGAUUCAAAAUUGGUAAGGCCGUCAGGUACUCACAGAUCACCAAGAAUAGAGCUGUGCAGGCCAAGCUACAGAGUGUUUAUUCUUCGGUAUCUCGAUUGGAAGCGUGGCCGGGACUCGUUGCGGAAGACCCGGCCCCUGGCUCGUCGAUGGGAAGGACCAUGCUUGCGGUAUGGAAAGCAGAAUUCCGUCGUCUUCGAGACGGGGAUCGAUUCUUCUACCAGGUGGGAGGGCUUUUCCCGAUGCAGAUCAUGGACAAGAUCCCGAGGGUUAGGGCUUUGUUCACGAAAGAGGACACGUUCAGGGCAAUCAUCCUGAGAAACUCCGGCAUCAAGCCGGCCGAUUUGACAAGGAAGAUGUUCUUCGUCAAGUAAACGUGGAAACCAUCAAUAUUUUGUAGCGAAUUUGUUGUUCUGGUGAGUGUGUGGCUUGGUGGAAACAAUUGUUGCCCCCUCCACCUGUUCGAACCCCUGCCCCCAAGAUUUCGACGAUUGCCUGCUGAAUGGUCCUCAAAGGAAUUGCUGCUGUUAGAAGCCCUGGUUGUCAUGAUAGCAGGCCUACGCACCGAAGUCCUUUCCAUACCGAAUACUGCCAGUUGCCAGCAUGCGGCAUUUUCCUCGCCCCUGGUAGCUGGUGAUAGUUGAUUGCUGUUGUGAAAUUGGGUAUUUCGGAGUCACCAGUGAACCAUGGAUUUGUCUCUGCUUCAAAGAAAAACGCUCAGGAACACCCAUUGCAAGGGUGAAAAAUAAAUUGUCCCUUCAUCGCGGCGAUCCAAAAAUGAGGUACUGUUCUAAUUGACUGCAAUUUCCACCUCGGUUUCCUCUGUAUAUG